CAUGCGCAUUACGACAAGGGGGUGUAACAUUUUGCGCAAAGGACAAAAGGAGGUGUGUCAAAAAUUUGCAACCUCGAAGAUCGCAGAUUGAUGUUAAUGAAUUAAUUAUAUCAAAAGGACUGAUUUGGACUGCGAAUCAACUUAAAUUUUACAUCGAAUUCCGGAAUCUCAAUAUUACUGUACCAAAACAGACACCACAAAAAUGAAUAGGCUCAACGUUGCGUUGCUACGAAACAUCGCACCGCUGAGAAGAAGCAUUUUUAAGAACCGCUAUCACACUGACAAAGUUGCCGUCGCUAUCGGAAAUGAUACUGAUAGAAAUUCUCCAGAGUUCAAGGAGAAUUACGUUCACAUGCGCCAACUGGUGUCUGAACUUCGCUCGAACAUUGAAAAAGUCGUCGCCGGUGGAGGUGAAACUGCCAUUAAACGUCACAAGGAAAAAGGAAAGUUGUUGGCCCGUGAGAGAAUUGACCUCCUCCUCGACCCUGGCUCUCCGUUCCUCGAGUUCUCUCAGCUGGCUGCUCAUGACCUCUACCCCAAUGAGCACGUGCCUGCCGGUGGAAUUGUCACUGGAAUAGGAAGAGUGCACGGCACAGAAUGCGUGAUUGUGGCCAACGAUGCCACCGUCAAAGGUGGCACCUACUACCCCGUAACUGUCAAGAAGCACCUUCGAGCGCAAGAAGUGGCACUGCAGAAUAACCUGCCUUGCAUCUACCUGGUCGACUCUGGCGGUGCCAACCUGCCUCGACAGGCUGACGUUUUCCCAGACAAGGAGCAUUUUGGGCGCAUUUUCUUCAAUCAAGCCAAUAUGUCUGCACAAGGCAUUUCUCAAGUUGCUGUUGUCCUUGGUAUCUGUACUGCUGGUGGUGCCUACAUACCUGCCAUGUCUGACGAAAGUGUGAUAGUUAAGCAACAGGGCACUAUUUUCCUGGCUGGUCCACCUCUUGUAAAAGCAGCAACUGGAGAAGAAGUCUCGGCUGAAGACCUCGGCGGUGCUGACCUCCACUGCACAACUUCUGGCGUUACUGAUCACUAUGCUCUGGAUGAUAAGCACGCAAUCCAUCUUGCUCGUCGGGUAAUUAGCAAUUUGAAUCGUAACAAGAAAGCCCCCGUCCAAGCACCUGUCGAAGAUCCCCUGUUCCCAGCUGAUGAUUUAUAUGGCAUUGUUGGUGGCAAUCUCAAAAAAACAUUUGACGUCAGAGAGGUCAUUGCCAGAAUCGUGGAUGGUUCCAAGUUUGACGAAUUUAAGGCUCGAUACGCUGAUACUCUUGUGACGGGUUUUUCGAGCAUCCACGGAAUUCCCGUCGGGAUCAUUGGAAAUAAUGGCGUGUUAUUUUCUGAAUCAGCUCUCAAGGGUGCCCACUUUGUUGAGCUUUGCUGCCAAAGAAAAAUCCCGCUGCUGUUUCUUCAGAAUAUUACAGGUUUUAUGGUUGGCAGAGAUGCUGAAGCUGGAGGCAUUGCUAAAAAUGGUGCCAAAAUGGUGACGGCAGUUGCUUGUGCCAAUGUGCCAAAGUUGACUCUAUUAAUUGGCGGUUCAUAUGGCGCUGGUAACUACGGCAUGUGCGGACGAGCUUAUGGACCCAGAUUUUUAUACAUGUGGCCUAACUCAAGAAUCUCAGUGAUGGGAGGUGAGCAGGCAGCAGGAGUCAUGGCCCAAAUUACACGAGAUCAGAUGAUCCGAAACAAGAAGGAGUGGACACAAGAGGCAGAGGAAAAGUUGAAAGCUCCUAUCGUUCAGAAAUAUGAAGCAGAGGGUAGUCCGUAUUUCUCUAGCGCAAGGCUUUGGGAUGAUGGCGUCAUCGAUCCCAUGGAUACGAGGAGAGUAUUGGGUUUGAGUUUGAGUGCUGCUAUGAAUGUGCCUCUGUCAGACACCAAGUUUGGCAUUUUCAGAAUGUAAUGUUGCCUUUGUUGUAACUUGUAACCUGCUUGUAACUAUUGUCUGUGCCUUGCCAAUUCAAAAGUACAAUAUUGCUGUCGAUAUCGAAAUUUUUAAGGGUAUCAGGGAGAAAAUAUCAUUGUGCCAAAUUUUACAAGCCCCAUGUAAUGAACUUAACAGAUAUUGCAAAAUGUUAUUUUUUGAGUAUAAGUUUUUAUUGGAGUCUUAUUAUUGUUGAACAGUAGAAUUAAAGUGGAGAUAUAUAUUUUCA